AUGAAGCUCAUCGUAUGCAAUGAACUAAGCUCAUGCGAUACGUCUAAGGUCAUGAACCACGACGCACUAAAGUCAAUAGUAACAGAGACUCAGUUGGACUUAAAUCAGAAGUGUCAGCCAGUAAGAAAGAUAGAGAAUGUUUGUAAUAUCAUCAUGAUAUCUAACAACUUCAACUCAGUAAAGAUUGACAAAGACGACAGAAGAUUUGUUGUCAUUGACGUAAGCAGCAGAUACAAAAGAAAUUACGAAUAUUUCUCAAAUCUCAUUGAAAGCUUUAAUGAAGAGUUUUAUUCAAACUUACUGACGUACUUCAUGAGGAAAGAUUUAAGUGAAUUUGAUGUAAGGAAGAUACCAUUCACCAGGGCUAAACAAGAACUCAUCGAAAUGAACAAAACACCUUACCAAAUGUUUUACGAGGAGUUCUAUGAAAAGUUUGUAUCCGGAUGGAAUUGUACAGAGUGCUACAGAAGAUAUAAAGAGUUUGCGAAGGAGAAUGAAUUCUUUGCAUGUAGUUCAAAUGUAUUUGGUGGCAAGAUGAGAGAAUUUGUGAAGAGAAGUAGAAAGCGAGACGGUUCUGCAAGAAGUUAUAUUUACGAAGCAAGUAUGAUAUUAGAAGGUCGUGGAAAGAAAGAAACAGUGAAUUAUGAGGAAGUGCUUGAAAAAUUCAUGGAGUACAUGGGAAGCAAUAUAACAUACAACAAAGACAUAUACAGUGAGUUUAAGUACUACUGUGAACAGCAUGAGAUUGAAGUAAUGAGUAAAGGAGACUUUGAAACGCUUAUGAAAGACAGUAAGGAGGUCGUUCAUGCAAUAAUGAAAUAG